AUGUCGGAAGCUUGGAAGUCGCACAAAAAUAAACGGCUGUUUGUUGGCUUGGGCGUCACCGCAACGAUUGCAUUGUUUGUGACGUCGCAACUACUAAUAAAUGACAAUGUUCCGUUGAAUUGGAUUCACAAUCGGAUCAAAGAUGUGGUUCAAAAAGACGAGCCGAUUGACAUGUUCGUGGCGACCGCCCAUGCCGCGAACUUCGAACAGUAAGUUAAAUACUGCACCUCGGUUGCUCGCAGCCCUCCUCCAAUUGGUCUAAAACCGCCUUUUGUAAACAACUUGCAAAGAUCAAAGUGAAAAACGACCUCUGCUCAUAUCUUUGCAAGUUUUGCAUUAAAUAACCAACUUUUUUGCAGAAACGCUGCCCUCACCGUGAGAGAUCGCUGAAUUUUUUUUUUGCUAUAAACAACAGAAAAUUUCAUAUUCUAGCUAGUCUUCAGGCAAAAAAUAGUUUGAUUGUUCUUGCGAAGCACAAGCAAAUCUCGAAUUUCUGUCAAGAAACUGUCCAAAUUUUCCAAGUUUUAUUAAAGACUUAGUGUUGACGGACACGAUCCAGUGACAAAAAAACUUACCAUUUUGUAUCCGGGAAGCAUCGAAAAUGUGGCAAAAUACUUCCCUCUCCAAGUGAAAAAACUUCGUUUUGAAGGGCGCGCUUUUGAAAUCAGAGUAUUUACACCUGGACAGGGAAGCAUUUUACCACAUUUUUGAUACUUCCCGGGUGCAAAAUUUUACGCUUUUUGCCACUGGAUCAGGUCCUUCACUGUAAAUAUUAUUUAUCAAAAAAUUUUAUUACACUGUAGAUUCUUUCCUGGAGAGAAAAAAAGCCCUGCUUCUGCACAUAAACCCUAUUUGCAGCUCCCCUCAUCUCCACACUGUAUAUCUCAAUACCAUGGUUGGCGAUACCGCUAACAGUGAAGAGAAACGCAGGGAUCGCAUGAAAUUCAAGUGUAUAAGUGAUGGAGAUGAAGUUGUUGAUUCCCUUCUUCAUGGGAUUGAUGGUGGAGGAGGCUGCUCCUGGAAGAACUACUACUUUGUGUGCCAAUUCCAAAGGCCAGUUCAGAGCGUCAGACUGGUGGAUGACAGCGGAUUUGGCCCGGAGGUUUGCGUUUUUGGAUCUUGUACCAUAAUUGCGAAUUUCAAGGCGUAUUUUAAUGCAUUUUCCCAUUUCAGCUCGCAGUGAAACAGCCAAUCUCCGGUAAAAUUCCACUGGUUGUUUGUCUCUCCCGAACCUUUUACUACGAAAAUUGGCAAGUAAUGUUGACCGUUCUGGAGAUGUACAAAGCGAUGGGAGUCUCCGAAUUCUCCAUUCAUAUCAUCAACAUUGUCAAAGAGGUCUAUGACAUACUAAAACUGUAUCAAAACGAAAUCAACUUAAAAAUCCAUCCUGGAUAUUUGACCCCAAAGAUUUUGGGAAGGCCAGAGAAUCCGAAUUUCGAAACCGAAGCGAUCAAUCAAAUCGUCGCCUACAACGAUUGCUUUUACAGCUAUCGAGAGGCCGCUGAAUUUCUAAUUUUCUCGGAUUUGGAUGACUUAAUCACGCCGGAGAAUGGAGAUCUGCUGGCGAAGGCACAGCAGUUACUGCAACAAUUUCCGACAGCUUCUUCGUUUGAGUUCCCGUGGACGAUUAGUAAAUUUGGAGGAGGUAGGUGAAAAAAAUGAGAGCUGUCAAGACUUGGAUAGUCGAGGUCUAAUGAGGCCCCUAACUUGCCCUCUACUCCUAGUAUCAACUACUUGCGCUCUUUAUUUUCCGAACAGACUGAUAUUGGUUGGGGGUGAUAUUUGGGACUUUGUUGGGGGCAAUAUCUUGCCCCAAUAAAGCUAGUCAUAACCGGGGAACACUUUAUCAUCACUUUUAUUUACUAUUUUCAACGUUGUUUUCAGCCCAAAAUCCCAGCGCCUUCUCAAUCCCCCGUCUCUUCAGCGGCCUAGAAGUUCUGCACAUUGAAAACUACGGGAAAUCGAUUAUUGUCCCUAAAAGAAUUUGUAAUGCCAUCAUUCAUAACGCUGUUGGCGAGUCGGCUCGAGUAAAAGGCUAUGAGCAUAAGAACGUCUCGUUUACCGAAGGCCACGGCCGAACCUUGCAUAUCAGGGAAAUGGUCAUGAAGGAUUUCAAUGGAAGUGUUGCGGACGAUAAGAGUGUUGAUAAAGUCGAUCGAAAAUUUGUUAAUAUCGAAGCGAUGGAGAGAGCGGAGAGGGCACUGAGGCAGAGAAUUGACGGAAAAUUAAACAAAGUAAGUGUUUUACGAACAAAAUGUAUCCUUUUGUAAUAUUUAUGGUAAUAUUGUACAGGGUGUUUCAAGCAAUUUUCUAAAAAUGUUUUGCUUAUAUCUUUAUGCUCUUUGAAGCUAUCCAAGAAGUUUAAGUCAUAUAUAAAAUUCGAAGUCGUGCGUUUUUAUAAUAGAAUAUCCAAAAGAAUUUUUUUCUUAUCUCGGCGGAGGGACCCUUUUUUGGCGGAGACAUUUAAUGUCUUUUUUGAAAAUUAUGCCUUGUUGCAACGCCUAUACUUCUCUACUACGGAUGAAGUUUGAGUUGUCACAUCUGGUAGGACGUAAUAUUUUAAUUUCGGAAGCUUGGCGGAUGUUUCACACAUCGGCGAAGGCUCGACGGAAACUUUUUCACUGGCGGAAGCCGUUUUGGGGACUUGGCUUUGCAGAUAGGAUCGCUGGAGUGACUUCGGCGGCAUGCACUGUGCAAAAACAAAAAUUCUCUUUGUACCGUGCAAUUGGCUUUUUCUGGCAAUGAUACCCUGACAGUCUCCGCACAAUGCAAGCCGCAAAAACUAUUGCAGCGACUUUGCGAAGGAACUAGUAGUCUUUUUCAUGUUACAAAAUCAUUGUACCUUGCAAUGAUUUUUUUUGCAGGCCUUUCAAACCCUUCCCUCCAACCUCUUCUUCACCCCGCUCUUCCGCAAUUGCUACAAGGACAUGAUCCUGGAUAAGCGGCAAUGCUCAAGCCUGAGUUUCUGCAAAAUCACAACCGAGAAUCGACCGCAAUGCGCAGCGGUUGCAUCCGAUUAUAAGGGCUAUAUCAAUGGGAAGCUCAACUUCUACGUUCAACACAAUUUGAGGAUAGUCGAGGACAGUAAUUGCGAAUUGCAGCUGGCCAAUCCGGUGAUUAUUGAACGACGCUAG